ACUUUCCAGGCAUUUUGCGUAUUCUGAUGUGUCUGGCUUCACAUUUCCACGCGCGCUGUAAUGACCUUCUGCUGACUAAAUCUACGUUUUAUUUUAGGACGUUAUGAUAUGAAAUCAAGGUAAAAUGUUGGCCAGGAUAAUCGGACGUCACAUCCUUAGUAACUUUGGGGUGUCCAGUAAGUUUGCCUGUUUAGGGCAGCGGACCACUCAUUGUUCAGCACUGUUUACUAGAGGUUUAUAUGGACAGUUGCCCCCAAGACAUGUUGCUGGUUCUAUUCUGGGAGCCCAGUCAUUUCACUGGUCUGGUCAGAGACUGAAGAAACGGCCUCAGGAAGAGAGUCCACCAAGAGAACUUGAUUUGCUUCGUUAUGACAUGAGAGACCUAAAGAAAGCUCCAAAGCCGGCCCUCUAUCUCGGAUUAUCUGGUCUUAUACCUUUUGUAUCCGCUCCUCUACUUAUGGCUGUCACAGAACUGUAUCUUCCCGAAGUCGCAUUUGCUCAAGUUGCAUACGGAGCGUCCAUUGUUUCCUUUCUUGGUGGGGUACGCUGGGGUUUCGCCCUGCCUGCCGGGAGUCCAGCAAAACCUGACUGGCUCAAUUUAGCCAACAGCGUGGUUCCCUCUUUGAUUGCUUGGACAGCACUCCUUUUUUGCCAUGACAUUACACAGUCUGCUGUGCUUGUGAUAAUGGGGCUUGGGAUAGCAUUGCAUUAUGACUUGUCCCUCCUGCCCACAUACCCCAGCUGGUUUAAAGCACUGAGGACAAUCCUCACAACUGUAGCCUUUUUCUCCUUGAUAGGCACUGUUGUCAUUAAGCAGUUUUAUCCUGAGAAGAAGUAUUUCACUGAUAAAUGAUUUAUGCAUAUUUGUAAUGUCAAUCCAUUGAUAUUAAAUAUGUUAAAAGUUUCAUCACUGAUAAUGUGUUAAACCAUAUUCUACACCAUGAUGAUUCUGAAUCUUUCUCGGUUUUCAUUUCUGACUCAAUUCUCUUCCUUUUUAUAAAAUAUCCAUUUGGCUUCCUAUUGUUGACGGUUAUCGGCCAAACGGAUAUUAAAUUGCAGUAGUGAAUUCAAAUGACUAUAGACCGAUUUUCCUGACUUUUAAUAUAACUUCACAUACUGCAUCAGUUAGAUUGUGAGAAGUCAAAUAUAAAUACUGUGGAAUAAAAAGAGAAAUGCGUACUUACCACAGUGUUUGAUAUUCUAAGUGAUAUUGAACAAAAAGCAGUGCAAAUGCUAAAAGGUUCGAAAUGGAAAAACUAUUGUAUUGAACAAGUAAACUUUCAGUUCCCAACAUUA